UGUUGUGUGAUUACUUCCACCUGUGUGUCAUUAGCUUGUUAAGUCUGUGUAUAUAAGGUCUGUUCUUCAGUUGUGGUUUGUCGGUCGUUGGUUCCUGUACGUGUGUUUCUGGUUUACACUCUCGCCUUCUCCGUGUAGAUUAUGUUCCUGACUCCUCUAUGUGGAUUGUACCCUGAACGACCGACCAACUAUGAAUCCAGCAGCACAAAUUAUAUGUCUCCGUCAAGGAGAUCGGCCCAUCAAGGACUACGUGACGGACUUUGUUGAGCUAGCACAUUUGACUGGCAUGGACAAGGUAUGCUUGAUGAUACUUUUUCAUGGUGGCCUAUCUGAGCCGCUCAGCUCACUCAUGCCUUUGCAUGAUCCUCACUGGACUCUGGAAUUUUACAUUGAUCUGGCACUUCAACUGAGCUGCUCUGAAUAUACUGUGGGUGUUGUGGAGGAGAAGCAUGGCACUCCUGCAGUAUCUGCCACUCCUGAGCCUUGUCCCGUCAUGGCCGCCGUGCCAGAGUCUCGUCCCAUCAUAGCCGCCACGCCAGAGUCCCCAGCUGUCAUGGUGAUCACGCCAGAACCUCCAACCAUCAAGGGUGCUACGCCAGAGUCUUCAGCCAUCAUAGACGCCACGUCAGUAUUCCCGGUCGUCAUGAAUGUUUCGAAGGAAGUCAUUAAGGUGGGCCCUAGGCAUUUGAGACUGUCUUCUAGUUUGGAGGACACUCCACUGACGUCAGUGCGAGCAGCUGGCAUCUCUGCGGUAAUGUCAAGCCCGGGGUUCUCCGAGGUGGUCCCGCUGUCUUAUGUACUCCCUUUUACGGCAAUGGCUAUUGUGUGUGUUUGGGCUACAAACUGCUCUGCUACUUCUCCAGAGCUCGUUCCAGUAAAUGAGCCUGAUCCAGAGCCCACUCCAGUCCUUGAAUCCACUCCAGAGCCUGCUCCAGACUACGAGUCUGCUCCAGCUUCUCCCGAGGUGGCAGCUUAUGCUAAUAUGUUCCUGACUCCUCUAUGUGGAUUGUACCCUGCUCCGGCUCUGCGGCGAUCCUCAGCACUGUCGUUCUGUGCGGCGAUGGCUUGUCGGUUGCGGCGGGCUCUGGCUCUCCGUCAGCGGUGGGCCCAGGCAUGCGCUCCGCGCUCCGUGCAUCGGGGAGAUGGUGGGCUGGGCACUGUGUCUGGAGUGGAACUGGCAAGUGUUCACUCCACAAAGGCAGGGAAAUUCGCUCGAGGGCCUUCCUCGGAUGACGGCGCUCUGUACGUGGAGUUUAAACUGGCGUCAUAA